GUGGUGGUGACGUACGCGUCAACCUACGUCCUAGUUGCAUUGAGCAUCGACAGGUACGAUGCCAUCAGACAUCCCAUGAAGUUUUCAGGAAGCUGGAAACGUGCCAAAUGUCUUAUAAUAACUGCGUGGCUUCUCAGCGUGCUCUUCUCAACCCCAAUUUUAAUCCUAUACGAAGAGAAGAUCGUGCAAGGUGCGCCUCAAUGCUGGAUCGAGUUACCAUCGCAAGUGCACUGGCAAGUGUACAUGUGCUUGGUAUCGGUGAGUCUCUUCCUGAUACCUGCACUGAUCAUAGCCAGCUGCUACACCAUCAUCAUAGCCACGAUCUGGUCGAAGAGUUCCAUCAGCGUCACCAAAUCCAACUGCAAAGGACUCGACACCAGAAGAGUCAGCUCCAGAGGUCUCAUACCUCGCGCCAAAGUGAAGACGGUCAAGAUCACAUUCGUCAUAGUCAGCGUCUUCAUUUUAUGUUGGAGUCCGUACAUCGUGUUCGAUUUGCUGCAAGUCUUCGACUGCAUCCCGCCCACGCAAACCAACAUUGCCAUAGCAACGCUAAUCCAAAGUUUAGCUCCGCUGAACUCCGCAGCCAAUCCGAUCAUCUAUUUCGUGUUUUCCACGAGGAUAUGCAACAGAUUCUGCGAUAUUCCGCCUUUCAGGUGGUUCAGGUGCCUAAAGAUGGGGCAAAACGACUUUGCCAACAACACGCAAAGCAGUUCGCUCUCCGAAUUCCUCACGUCGAAUACGAGACGAACAAUAUCCAGGCCAAGCCAGUCGGUUUUAGUUAGUAAAAUUUAAAAUGUAUUUUGAAUUUAUUUUUUGUUAGGUAAUCCGAAGACCAUUUAGAGUGUACAUAGAGUAAACAAUUUUUGUAUAAAUCCUGUAUAUUUUACGAAAGUAUUACUUAGACACGUAUAUUAUUAGCACUAUUUCAUGUAUAUAGGAAGACAUUUUAGAUGUUUGUUAAAUUACAUAUAAAUAUAUAAGAAAUUUUGAUUGUUUCUUUUGCAUUCAGUUUA